CUCACAACUCCACUUGUAACCAUUUUUUUUUUUUUUAAAUACCUCUUUUCUACAUACAACAAAAGGCUAAUUAAGAGACUCGUUAAGGCAUAGAUAAAAUGGCCAUGGAAGUGGCUGUGGAGCUGGGGCUUGAGCUUGAUGAUGAUGUCUUCUUCGCAGACAUAAGCAAGCAACUCAAUCUCUUAAUAACAGAUGAAGAUGAACAAAACCCUAUAUCACUUUCCUCGCCUGUCUCUUUCCAGGGUUUGUUCAGAGGGAACUACCAAACACCAGCAACACCAUACAUGAUGUACAAUGAGCAGAUCAAUUACAACGUAAGAGAGAGCAAAGGAACAGGAGUGUUCAUCCCACAAUGUUCUCAGCCAAGAAGGAAACAGAAUUAUCAGAAGAAGCAAGGGAGAUUUGGUUCCUUCAACCCCAAGCAACAGUUUCCUCACCAUGUUCAUGACAGCAAUCCUACAACUCUCAACAAAAACAACCAAGAAAGCAUCACCUUUCAUCAUGCUUCUACUAACCAAAGAAGAACCUACAGAGAUGCAGCAUCUCUCUUCACUUAGUCAAACAAGAUUCGAAGACAUGGAUUUGUGUCAUUAAUUCAUAAUUAUAUAUAAUUGAUUAUUAUUGAUAUUUAUAGAUUUUGUGAUGUUUGUAAAAUCAGCAAAUAAUAAGAAAGUAAUCAUCAAUCUAAAGGGAUUUGGUGUGAUUUAUUCAACAA